AUGGCAUAAAAGAAUAUAGGAAAAUCAGUAAAAAUUAAUAGAACUAAAUGUCUUUCUAUUCACUCAACAUUAAAUUAUUAAUUUGCUAGAGGUUAAUUCAUUUAAAAUUAUUAGAAAAAUUAUGAAAGUUACAGUAAAAUAUCCCUUUAAUAUUACGGAGAUAAUACAAAAUAUUUUGAUAGUGACGUUUAAUUAGGAAAUGGUACUUUUGGUAAUGUAUAUGUUGGUAAAACAAAUAAAAAUGAAACAAUUGCUAUUAAAAGAUUAAAUGAGUUUUAUAAAUGGGAACAGCAUUAUCAAGAAAUAUUUAUCUUGAAACAUAUUAAUAAUGUCCCUCAUAUUGCACAUUUAUAUGAUGUAAUAAGAGAGUAGAAAUAUCCCAAUACAACAUCCUUUAUUUUUGAAUUUAUAAAUGGUACCACUUUACAUAAGAGUGCAAGAAAUUUAACUAGCGAUUAUGAAGUUCGAUAUUUAUCAUAUAUAUUAUUGAAAACCUUAAAUUAAACUCAUGAAUUAAAUGUGAUACACAAUGAUUUAAAAGGAUGUAACAUAUAAAUAAAUUUAGAGUAAUUAUCUUUGAAAGUAUUAGACUGGGGAAUUUCAUAUAUUUACCAUCCAUAUCAAAUUAAAUCUAAUAUUGGAGGUACAGUGAACUAUAAAUCUCCUGAAUAACUUCUAAAUUCAAACUUCGUAAGCCAUUUUACCCCUGCAAUAGAUGUUUUUGCAGCUGGAUUGUUAAUAGCUAAUUUAAUGUAUAGAGGAACUGAUCUAUUUUAUAGUCAUUUUGAUUAUGAAGUUUUUUCUAAAUAAAUUCAAUUUUUUGGUUACAAAAAAAUGACAAAACUUUCAGCCCUUUUAAAUGUGAAUAUAAAUUCGACUAUAUAUUCUAAUUUUACAUUAAACAGAACAGGAUUUUAUCACAAUUCAUAUUUAAAAAGAAGAUAAUUUAUAACUACUGAUGGUAUUAAUUUACUUUAAUAAAUGUUAUAAAUUAAUCCUGCCGAUAGAAUUAGUAUUUCAGAAGCACUUUAACAUAAGUAUUUUGAUUCUAUUAGAAAUGUUUAAGAAUCUUUAUUUCAUGAUAAUUGA